ACAGGCUUGAACUCGGAGCACGUCUACCCCUACGUGGGCACGGAUGCCUCCAGCUGCCGGUACAACCCCCAGGACAGGGCAGCCAACUGCUCCGCUGUCUGGCUGGUGGCCCAGGGCAGCGAGGCAGCGCUGGAACAGGGGCCGCCGGGGGGCCCUGUAUCCGGGGCGGUGGAUGCCAGCAGCUUCUACUUCCACUUCUACAAGUCGGGCGUCUUCAGCAGCAUGUUUUGCAGCCAGCGGGUGAACCACGGGAUGCUGGCCGUGGGCUACGGCACGAGCCAGGAGCGCGGAGGCAACGUCAGCUACUGGAUCUUAAAGAACAGCUGGUCAGAGGUGUGGGGCGAGCAGGGCUACAUCCGCCUGCUGAAGGACACCAACAACCAGUGCGGGGUGGCCAACCAGGCCAGCUUCCCCAUGCUGUGA